CCGGAGAGUAUGGACGCUUUCUCGUAUCAAGAAGUAGUUCUUCCCGGCCAAAUCCUUGCAUCAGUCCUCAAGGACGCUCUGUUUGCUGCAUUGAUCAAGCUCCGCACGCAGUACAUGAUGGAACUGCGGCAGGUCAAGGCCGCUGGCCACGACCCAACUCUAGUCAUAUCCUCCAACAAAUUCUUUGACGCUGCCACGGAGCGAUGCGCUUCUGAAAUUGGCCACAAGAUCAACUACUUCAUGGCCACUGGUAACAUUCGGACGACUCAGCUUGACCUCCAGCAGCUGUCAGGAUGGACUGUGACAGCGGACCGCCUGAACCUAAACCGUUUUCUUAGUCACUUUCGAGCAGUGCAUCGAGGCCAGUUCUUUGCGCAAAUGAAAACCACUGCUGCAGUUGCAGCUGUACGACUGUUCAUGAAGCUCCGGGGGGCAUGCGUAGACCUUGAAGGUGUGUCAGGAUUGCCUCCUUCGGACCUUGGGGCCUCUGCAGGGGGAGAGGCUCUCGGUCAGGUUGGCCGGGGAAGCGUGAAAUGCAUCCCGCUCGUUGUUGACGGGGUAGUUGUGUGUAAGAUACCGAAGGCCGAAUUUAAAUUUUGGUUCGAUCAAUUGCGUCACGCAAAAGGAUGUGGAUUAGAAGGAUUCAAAACUCACUGGGAGCUGGUUGGAUUUGAUGAGGGGAGCCUUGAAUUCAUUGGGCCUCUACAACAGCCGUGGAUGUCUAUCGCAUGCCGUGACCGGAAUGUGGCGAUCAACGAGCGUUCAAUGAGGGCACAUCUCCCCAUUAUUGAAGAAUUACUGAGAGACCAAUGUAUAGGAGGGAAUAAAGCAGAGGCAGCCCUGAAUCACAGUAAUCUGGAGAGGCUGGAGAACUCCUAUCAAGCAUUGAUUGAUGAAGAGAGCAAUAUGCCAAGGCAUAUGAGUGAUCCCAAAACUCUGGGUAGCGUAAAGGAAGCUCGGGAAGCCCUGUCAAUCAGCCAUGUUCCGCUGCAUUACGACUACGUCGAGCUGAGCCCAACCGCUUUCCUUAGCGUCACGGCGGCGCUUACCCCAUUCAGUAAUCACAACCAAAGUCCAAGGAACAUAUAUCAGUGCCAAAUGCUUAAACAAACCAUGGGCACACCGUUCCAUGCGAUACCAUUUAGGCAUGACAACAAAGCUUACCGCCUUAUAACGCCGCAGAAACCUCUUUUACGGACGCGAGAUUACCGGCAAAUUGAUUUCGAUGAUUAUCCAACUGGAGUGAACGCAGUGGUUGCAGUCAUGUGCUAUACUGGCUUUGACAUGGAAGAUGCCAUGAUUCUCAACAAGUCAUCUGUGGAACGCGGCUUGUUCCACGGAUGUGUCUACAAAACCAAGAUAAUAGACGCUGCUCCAAGUGGAUCGCGUGCGCAAGAUGCUGAGGAGUACCAGUUUACGAAUACCAGCAAACUUGGCCGCAAGUGCAUCCCAUCGCUUGACGCGGACGGCUUCCCAGCCAUCGGUGCAAAGGUCACUCAGGGGAAGACCCUUUGCAGAUCACAGAGGCACACUCACUCAACGGCUAUUCAGGCCCCUGCGCAACAGACAUUCUACAAGGAUGACGAGCCAGCUUAUGUGGAUGGCGUGACGCUCACUUCGGCGCCUGCGCCUGCAGAAGAACGGGUCCUAAAGACAGGCCUGAGGGGCUGCAGAGCCUCUCUGCGCCUCCGCAGUGUUCGGAAGCCUAUCAUCGGCGACAAGUUCGCGUCACGGCAUGGGCAAAAAGGCAUUUUGUCCAUGCUUUGGCCUCACGAGGACAUGCCUUUUUCAGAGUCUGGAUUAGUACCCGAUAUCCUGUUUAAUCCACACGGCUUUCCAAGUAGAAUGACGAUUGGAAUGCUUAUUGAGAGUAUGGCUGGCAAGGCAGCGGCAGUUCAUGGAGCUUUUCAGGACGCAACAGCCUUUCGGGAGUUCAAGAAACAGCAGAAAACAGGAAACCGGUGGAUCGAUCAGGAAGGGCACCACGGAUAUGUGUUGCGUGGGGAGCGUUAUCGGACACCUGAAGAAGAGGCAAUGGCUCAAGAGCAAGGCGAUACUCCCGUAGAUUACUUCGGUAAAGCGCUUUUGGCUUCAGGUUACCAGUACUAUGGCAGGGAAGAACUCUAUAGCGGCGUUUAUGGAGUACCGCUUACCUGUCACAUUUUCACUGGGCUUAUCUACUAUCAGCGACUGAGACAUAUGGUGACGGACAAGGCUCAAGUACGUGCGACCGGCCCUAUCGACUCGUUAACUCAUCAACCUGUAAAGGGACGCAAACGCCAUGGAGGUGUCCGCUUUGGGGAGAUGGAGCGGGAUGCCCUUAUUGCUCAUGGCGCCGCUGCACUCUUACAAGACCGACUCUUGCACUGUUCGGAUGGGCACCGUGCGUUUUGCUGCCCUAGCUGUGGCAGCAUCCUGUCCCCCGCUCAGUCGCCACAUCUCAAGGGGCGCUCCGUUGGCGGGAAGAGGCCGGUGCCUCUAUGCCGCAUUUGCGCUGUGCCAUGCCGGCUUGUGCAAUUGCCAUACAUAUUCCGGUACUUGUCGAAUGAGUUGGCAUCGAUGAAUGUGACAGUUCGACUAGAACUUGACCACUUGGGAUUCCCCGUCAAGCGUGAUCUUGAAGUUCAUCCGAAACAACUACAGGAUGGGACGAUUGGGAGGUCUGGAUACGCUGGAGCUGGGACCGACCAAGUUCCAUUUCCAAGUAGACAAGAGCCCCGACGAGCGCGUGGAAACGCAGGCUGA